AACCCGGGAGUCUGGCCAUAGCGCUGAAAAACCAAAACUUGUUGUUGUCGGGGAAAAUGGCGUCAAACGUAGAGGCCCCGGAGCGUUGGUACCUCGCCCUACUCGGCUUUGCGGAGCAUUUCCGAACCUCAAGUCCGCCCAAAAUCCGCCUCUGUGUGCACUGUCUACAAGCCGUGUUUCAGUUUAAGCCUCCGCAGAGGAUCGAGGCCCGGACACAUCUUCAGCUGGGCUCGGUUCUCUACCACCACACCAAGAACAGCGAGCUGGCCCGCAGCCACCUGGAGAAAGCGUGGUUUAUAUCUCAACAAGUCCCCCAGUUUGAAGAUGUCAAAUUUGAGGCUGCCAGCAUUUUGUCAGAACUCUUUUGCCAACAGAAUUUGGUGGACUCUGCAAAACCCCUUCUGCGCAAGGCCAUCCAGAUUUCUCAACAAACACCAUACUGGCACUGCAGAUUGUUGUUCCAGUUGGCGCAACUUCAUACACUGGAGAAAGACUUGGUGUCAGCAUGUGACCUGCUGGGGGUUGGAGCUGAAUACGCUCGAGUGGUGGGCUCAGAAUAUACCAGGGCACUGUUUCUCCUCAGUAAAGGAAUGUUGCUGCUAAUGGAGAGGAAGCUGGGAGAAGUGCAUCCUCUGCUCACUCUGUGUGGAACCAUUGUAGAAAACUGGCAGGGAAACCCCAUCCAGAAGGAGUCCCUGAGGGUGUUCUUCCUGGUCUUACAGGUCACACACUACCUGGAUGCUGGGCAGGUGAAGAGCGUGAAGCCGUGUCUGAAGCAGCUGCAGCAGUGCAUCCAGACCAUCUCUACACUCCACGAUGAUGAGAUUCUGCCCAGCAACCCAGCUGACCUCUUCCACUGGCUCCCUAAGGAGCACAUGUGUGUCCUUGUAUAUUUGGUGACAGUCAUGCACUCCAUGCAAGCAGGCUAUCUGGAGAAAGCCCAGAAGUACACAGACAAGGCUCUUAUGCAACUAGAGAAACUAAAAAUGUUGGACUGCAGCCCCAUCCUCUCUACCUUCCAAGUCAUUCUACUGGAGCACAUCAUCAUGUGUAGACUUGUCACAGGCCACAAGGCUACUGCAUUACAAGAGAUCUCACAGGUGUGUCAGCUGUGCCAACAGUCGCCCAGGUUAUUCACCAACCACGCUGCUCAGCUACACACGCUAUUAGGUCUGUACUGUAUCUCGGUGAACUGUAUGGAUAACGCAGAGGCACAGUUUACCACAGCCUUGCGACUCACCACACACCAGGAACUUUGGACAUACAUUGUCACCAACUUGGCCAGUGUCUACAUAAGGGAAGGAAACAGACACCAGGAGCUGUACAGCCUCCUAGAGCGAAUAAACCCAGACCACAACUUCCCAGUGAGCUCACAUUGCCUCCGCGCUGCAGCAUUCUACAUCAGAGGGCUCCUGUCCUUCUUUCAAGGACGCUACAACGAGGCCAAGCGUUUCCUAAGGGAAACCCUAAAGAUGUCUAAUGCUGAGGAUCUGAACAGACUGACCGCCUGCUCCCUGGUUCUGCUGGGCCACAUCUUCUAUGUACUGGGCAACCACAGAGAAAGUAACAACAUGGUUGUACCUGCUAUGCAGCUGGCCAGCAAGAUCCCUGACAUGUCUGUUCAGCUCUGGUCUUCAGCACUGUUGAAAGACUUGAACAAGGCCCUUGGGAACACCAUGGAUGCCCAUGAAGCAGCCCAGAUGCACCAGAACUUCUCCCAGCAGCUGCUGCAGGACCACAUCGCUGCCUGCAGCCUCCCUGAGCAUAACCUCAUCAGUUGGACUGAUGGCCCUCCUCCUGUCCAGAUCCAAGCCCAGAAUGGCCCCACCACCAGCCUUGCAAGCCUGCUAUGAGGAACCUUCUGUCUCGCAUAUGACAGUAGCUGGUACAUUAUCACAUGCAACAGACUGAUGCCUAAAAACCUGCUAUCCAGACCACUGUAGUUGAGAUUUGUAAGGAUUUUAACAGGUGACUUCAUUAACUUCUCAAGAUUGCUUCCUGAUUGUCUGCUAUCACGUUUUUUAAUUGUUGUAAAACAAUUACAACUACUGUUGUACAUGUAAUUGACGCUCUGAGAUGGCAUGGAUGCUUACUAGGCAUAAUAGCAGGGCUAAACUCUUGAUUAGAGUAGUGAAGGAUACGCAGCAACGUAUACAAGGGCUUCUUUGCCUCAGAUACUGAGAACCCUUCUCUACGAUUGCCAGGUUUCUUUUCCAUUUGUUGGAAAAACAAGGGGAUAGAUAGGAGGGCAGUACAAAAUGUAGAAGAAAUUAAUUUAUUCAUGUUGAUAUUUUUGUAACUGUUGUUAAAUAUUUUACAUCUUGCCUUUUUGUAUGGAUGCUGUUUUUUUUUUUUUUGUUUGUUUUUUUUGUUUUUUUUCUCAUGCAUGGAAGUUACUGAUGUGGACUCCCUGUAUAAUAGUUUCUGACCUGGGUUGCUAAUAAUAAAUUCUUUGUAGAUAUUUUUUGCACAAAAUCCAUAUUAGAAAAAAAAUGGAGACCUCUUGUAAUAUAUUUUCACAAAAUAAUCAGUUGAAAGGUUUCAUGCCACAAAUGCUAGAUUGAGAAUGGACUAAUUGACAGCGUACAUUGUUCUGGGACAAUGCUCCAUCAACUGUGUGCAGUUCCUCUACAGACCAGAAGAUGCCUCUGUUGGGUCUGUGAAUGAGCAAUGUUUAACUUCUUCAGAAUUUUAUAUCAUUUGGUGGCUUUGAGGGAUGCCACAUACCCUUUAAAAAACACAUUUAACUUAUGUAUUUUUUGAAGUUCCAUAAUAUAUGAAUUCCUGUUGAUAUAUUAAUUUUUACAAAUCGUGUCUAGACUUUUGGAGCUCACAGUAAUCUUCAAAUAUUCAAAAAAAAAAAGAAUUUAUUUUGUUAUCUUUUCAUUUGUCUUGAUAGUUCUACUAAAUGGUUUUCUUUACAGUAUGUUUGUAUAGAUUUGCCACUUGUUGAACCUUUAUUGUACAGUGACAUUUUAUAAAGUCAAUUUAGUAAAGUGUCAUGAGACACUCUGUAAGGACACAGUUUAAGCUUGAGUACUAGUCAUAUUCUAUCCAAUGCCUAUGUUUUUAAUGCUUAUGUUUUCAAUAAUUUUCCAAUAAAAAUAUGAUUGAAAUUUUGUAA